UUGUGUUCUCUUUUUCAGUCUUGACCCUGUACAAAACAAAAGGUGUUUUAAUCUGUCUGAGGAACUAACCAAUAGAAAAUUUUCGGAUAGCGUGUUAGGUCUAUGAGGGCAAAGAAAAACGGGCAUUGCACAGUUUCGGACCACCUAGCACCAAUUUUGGCAUCUUUCAGCUUUUCUCCUUUGAAGUUUUCAGGGCUUUCGUAACCAUUCCCUUCUAUGAACUAUGAUUUAUACAGUGUAUCAACAUAAAAUGGGGUCACCAGAAGCUUACAUUCUUGCACACUGGUGUCACCAAUCAUAAGUGGUUCUUUGACGUCAUGUUUUAGUUAAUGUUACGUUUUACGUUGUCAUCCGUUUGUACAAAGAUGAAGAAAUUUCUUGAACACGGUAACAGUCUUUUAUAUGGCCACGCGGUUGAGCGGCUUUAUUGGAACUCUUACUGCUUAGCUGGUACAUUCCCUGCCGACUCGCCCUUCUCCGCAUUAUGUAGGGGUUGAACCAGAGCGCAGAAAAGAAUGGGAUUGGGAAAAAUAGAGUAGAGUGCGAACCGAGUCCUUGAGUGAUUUAUACGUCGAAUGAUCAGCCUGGCAGACUUCAAACAACUGAAGCGUAACAAAGCGUAUUCUCUGCAAUGUUACGUGCAUCAUAUAUAUCGCGAAAAAUACCCUCGGUGAAGAUGUAAAAAACUGGGCACUAGAAUAUGAUAUAGCAUGCAAUAAAACUAAUUGAAAUGCUAACCGGACGUCUGAAAAGGUCGGCUUUGAUGCUUUUUACGCUGCUGAUCCUGAUCUAAACCAAGAUCCGGCUUCACUCCGCUGCUGUUUGUACAAGAGUUCCUUGCAUUACAGUUUAUCCUACUGAAUACGAUAUAGACUUUAAAUAAAAACAGCGAAAAGCAAACUUCAUACCGAAAGGAAGACUGCGCACGUGAUGUAUUUUCGCGCCAUAUUUUAAUCAUGACGUCAUUCCCCCUCUCCUCCACCCCCCUCGUCCCUCCCCCUCAUAGACACUUAAUGAGAUUGCAUAUAUUUUGCUUUUAUUUUGGGCGGAUCCGGCGCGAAAUCAUUUGUUGUAACACUAAACCAUUUCCCAUUACGCAAAACCAUUUAUUAGUCACGUUAAACCGUUUCACGUCACGGUUAGCUCGCUAAACUGGUUGCACCAAUUCACGUUACGGAAAACCAUUUCAGUGGUUUCUGCCUGAACCAUUUCAUAACCUAAACGAAUCAUGGCUCCGCGGAGGUCCACAGCUGUUGAAUCGGAGACUACCCACUCUGUACCAGAAACGAGUGAUCGAGAAACCCCGCGCCCACCGCAACAGAUCGUUUGGCUAAAUGUCUACUUGAUCACAGCGCUCCAUCUAUUGGCGCUGUACGGUUUCUACCUUAUACCCUCGGCAAACCCAUGGACUUGGUUCUGGAGUGUGCUGCUGUUUCUCUGGGGAGGUAUGGGUGUCACCGUUGGUGCUCACAGGCUAUGGACUCACCGCACGUACAAGGCUACUUGGCCCCUGAAAGUAUACCUCAUGGUUAUGAAUUGCUUCGCUGCACAGAACGACAUCUUUGAAUGGGCGAGAGACCACCGCGUUCACCACAAGUAUUCUGAGACGGACGCGGACCCGCACAACGCAAAGAGAGGGUUCUUCUUCUCACACGUUGGGUGGUUAAUGAUGAAAAAACACCCCGAUGUCAUAAAGAAGGGAAAACAACUGGACCUGAGUGAUUUGUACGAGGAUAAAAUCGUCAUGUUUCAGCGAAGACACUACAAGCUUCUCAGCAUACUCUUUAAUAUUGUAAUCCCCACCUGCAUACCGUGGUACUUUUGGAAUGAAACCUUCUCGAACGCAUUUUUCAUAAGCUUCGCAUUCCGUUACGCUUUCAUCCUCAACGCUGCAUGGUCAGUGAACAGCUUUGCCCAUAUGUACGGAGACAAACCUUAUGACGAGACUAUUAGUCCAUCGGAGAACGCCAUUGCAAUCCUAGCAACGGUCGGCGAGGGUUACCAUAACUACCACCACGCAUUUCCACAGGACUACGCUGCGGCCGAGCUGGGUGCCCUGUGCAACGUUUCUAAGUGGAUUAUUGACGCAUGCGCGUUGGUCGGUCUGGCAUAUGACUUAAAAACUGUUUCCAAGGAGGCCAUCUUACAGCGGAGAAUGCGCACUGGGGAUCUUCAGCAUUUAAACCAUCAUGAUGAUUAAGAGUUUCCCAUGGUAGCAACUUACUUUCAGUUAUCCAAAAUAGCGUUUUCUCGGGCGAAUUAAAUGAUUAUUUUCAUAAAGAACCCGUUGUACUGUUUGGCGCCCAAUUGGAACUCCUAAUUAAAAAUCGUUUUCACAUGACGUCACGGCUGACGUCAUUGUUGACAUUUUUCCUCAUAAACAUACUACUUUGCGCAUAGAAGCCAUUACGCUAGACACCAACUGACUAGAAAUAUUUAAAGAGCUUGUGAAAAAUAGUUAUUGGUGAGAUGUUUGGAUUUUUGGGUGUAAUAUUCGCGGAGAAAUUGGCUUUUAAAAACUGCAAAAUUUCUGGGUGGCAAAAGUACUAAUGAGCUCUAACAUUCUUUGUAAAAUUUUGAGUUUCUAAGCUCGCGUCACACGAAAACUAUUCAAUACAUCGGACUCAAAUUCCUUGGGACUGUUAAUCGUGCUGUGCCCUUUCAAUAUUGAGAGCUAAUGUUUUUGUAACUCAAUCAGGAACUGUAUCGCUUAUGCCAAUGAGGCAAAUAUGUUAAACAAAGAUUGUUCUAAUGGUGUUCCAAAACAAUGAAACGGUGGCCAUGUUGGUGAACUAAACCAAUCUUAUGCGAGUUGAACUCUUUUCUUAUGUCAACAAUUUCUUUUGUUCCAAUAAAGUUGCAUGUGUGCUGGUCACGUGAGUGAAAA